UGAAGGACUACGUAUCCCGGGAUGCUCCGCGGCAGCCUUGUCUUCCGAUUGUUGUGAAUAUGUAUCAGAAUGUUAAUGAUUUGCUGCUGCUAAAUUUGGUCAAAGGAGUCACCUCGCCAGAGCGUGUUGUUAGAGCUGUUCCGAGCGGUGGGUUUGGGCUGCCGCUGCGGUUUCGUGUUAUAUUGUUCUGUGUUGCUAUUUGCAAGAGUUUGCAAAGGAAGAGGAGAGGAUAAAAAAGGGGAAAUAAACAACUCAAUCAAUCAAGAUCCUGUUUCUUUUUUCUAAAAAAGAUUUUUUUAAAGGGGGAGGGAGAACAAGAGCCGUUUAAAAGGGAAGGAAGAAGGAAAAAAAGCCACAACAAAAGGUUAUUGCACUUAGUUCUUUGAAGACGCUUAUAAUUGCUAAGGGGGAAAGACGGGAGUAACAACAUCCGAUUCGUUUCGUCUCGGGAGUUUUUGGUUGCUAUAAAGACACGGAUUUCUUCUUUUCCUUCUGCCUCGUUGCGAACGGCCAACAACUAAGAUCAAUAAAAGUUUUCAAACGGAAGAGGCGGCUGCGGGAGGUAUCACUGCGGGAGAGGAUCGCAUUUGGUAUGAACGGAGUUUCCCUUUCCCUUUCCCUUGCUUGCCAUCUAGGGGAACGGCAGGAGGGUCGAUCGCGGUGAAGGGGGAGAGGGCGAGAGCAAGCCGACCCUCGGAGCGCAACCGAGGGAGCCGGCGCCGUGCAGGAGAAGCCUUCGCACGUCGGGACCUCGGAAGAGGGACUUGUCCGAAACCUUCCGUCGCAGGCCAACAGCCGCUUGAAAGCUCGGAUCGCUCAGGGCCCUGGGCGUGGGAGCGCCGGAGCGGGCUGAAUUGGCCGAGGUCUCUUCGGCGAUGACGGACGUCGGUCAGUGACAGCCCCUGUGGAAUGUGGCACGGGCCCCCUUCUGCCGGGGAUAUCGCCGCCGCCGCCGCUUCCUCCUGCUCCUCGUCGCCUUGUGUGUUCCCUCCGGUCCCUGGGGUGGCAGAGUACGGGCAGAGCCGGAGACGCUCCUCAAAGCACGGGCGUCGGGCAGCUCCGUCCUCCGCCGCCGCCUCCAUCCGUCCUCUUUGCAUUGUUGCAAUUAAAAUCAAUGAACCGAGUUUUCCUUCUGGCCCAGAGCACCCACUAAAUCGGUUUGGAUGAUUCGCGAUCUGAGCAAGAUGUACCCUCAAACCAGACACCCGGCACCACAUCAGCCUGCUCAACCCUUCAAAUUCACCAUUUCUGAAUCUUGCGAUCGGAUUAAAGAGGAGUUUCAGUUCUUACAGGCUCAGUACCACAGUCUAAAGCUAGAAUGUGAAAAACUGGCCAGUGAAAAGACAGAGAUGCAGCGACAUUAUGUCAUGUAUUAUGAAAUGUCGUAUGGGUUGAAUAUAGAGAUGCAUAAACAGGCAGAAAUUGUCAAGAGGCUGAAUGCCAUAUGUGCUCAGGUCAUUCCCUUCUUAUCCCAAGAGCACCAGCAACAAGUGGUGCAGGCUGUGGAACGUGCCAAGCAAGUGACCAUGGCAGAACUGAACGCAAUCAUUGGGCAACAACUCCAGGCCCAGCAUUUGUCACAUGGACACGGUCUCCCUGUGCCUCUCACACCACACCCUUCUGGAUUGCAGCCACCAGCCAUCCCACCCAUUGGCAGCAGCGCUGGCCUUUUAGCCUUGUCGAGUGCCCUUGGGGGACAGUCCCACCUCCCGAUCAAAGAUGAAAAGAAACAUCAUGAUAAUGAUCACCAAAGAGACAGAGACUCCAUAAAGAGCUCAUCUGUGUCUCCAUCAGCAAGUUUCAGAGCCUCUGAGAAGCACAGAAACUCAACAGAUUAUUCUUCUGAAAGCAAAAAACAGAAAACAGAAGAAAAAGAAAUAGCAACUCGUUAUGACAGUGAUGGUGAAAAGAGUGACGACAACUUGGUGGUUGAUGUUUCCAAUGAGGAUCCGUCAUCUCCACGAGGAAGCCCAGCUCAUUCUCCAAGGGAGAAUGGCUUGGACAAGACUCGUCUACUCAAGAAAGAUGCACCAAUUAGCCCAGCCUCAAUAGCAUCUUCCAGCAGCACUCCUUCCUCCAAAUCCAAAGAACUUAGCCUUAAUGAGAAAUCCACCACCCCUGUGUCUAAAUCAAGUACCCCCACUCCCCGAACUGAUGCGCCGACUCCUGGCAGUAAUUCUACACCCGGAUUGAGGCCUGUUCCUGGCAAACCACCCGGAGUCGACCCUUUGGCUUCAGGCCUAAGAACACCCAUGGCAGUACCUUGUCCUUACCCUGCCCCAUUUGGAAUAGUACCUCACGCUGGAAUGAAUGGCGAGCUGACCAGCCCUGGAGCUGCAUAUGCAGGUCUCCAUAAUAUCUCUCCCCAAAUGAGUGCAGCAGCAGCGGCGGCGGCAGCUGCUGCAGCUUAUGGAAGGUCUCCAGUGGUUGGUUUUGAUCCACAUCAUCAUAUGCGAGUCCCCGGCAUCCCUCCGAAUCUGACAGGCAUCCCAGGAGGAAAACCAGCAUACUCAUUUCAUGUAAGUGCUGAUGGUCAAAUGCAGCCUGUACCUUUCCCUCCUGAUGCCCUGAUUGGUCCAGGAAUCCCACGACAUGCUCGACAGAUUAACACUCUGAACCAUGGGGAAGUGGUAUGUGCAGUUACUAUUAGCAACCCUACAAGGCAUGUCUACACAGGUGGAAAAGGAUGUGUCAAGGUCUGGGAUAUCAGUCAUCCAGGAAACAAAAGCCCUGUGUCUCAGCUGGAUUGUCUGAACAGAGAUAACUACAUCCGCUCCUGCAGAUUGCUCCCAGACGGCCGCACCCUGAUUGUUGGUGGGGAAGCCAGCACGUUAUCCAUUUGGGACCUGGCGGCUCCGACUCCGCGCAUCAAAGCGGAGCUGACGUCCUCGGCUCCUGCCUGCUAUGCUCUGGCGAUCAGCCCUGAUUCCAAGGUCUGCUUCUCCUGCUGCAGUGAUGGGAACAUAGCAGUGUGGGAUCUGCACAAUCAGACUCUAGUCAGGCAAUUCCAGGGCCACACAGAUGGAGCCAGCUGUAUUGACAUUUCUAACGAUGGCACCAAGCUCUGGACGGGAGGCCUGGACAAUACAGUGAGGUCCUGGGACCUGAGGGAAGGGAGACAACUGCAGCAACAUGACUUCACAUCACAGAUCUUCUCACUGGGCUAUUGCCCAACUGGAGAAUGGUUGGCAGUAGGAAUGGAAAACAGUAAUGUUGAAGUACUACAUGUCACAAAACCAGACAAAUAUCAACUGCAUCUUCAUGAGAGUUGUGUGCUAUCCCUGAAAUUUGCUCAUUGUGGGAAAUGGUUUGUAAGCACUGGAAAAGAUAAUCUUCUGAAUGCAUGGAGAACACCUUAUGGAGCCAGUAUAUUCCAGGUAAAAAUAUCCUCCCCUUUCAAUUCACACUCCAAAUCAGUUGCAUCCAUCCAUCCAUCCAUCCAUCAGUUUAACAAGCAUAGAACAGCUGCAGUGCAGAAAGGUGGCAUGAAUAUUGCUGCAAUUGUAUUGAAUAUUCCCACUCCACUACAAGUUUUAACUUAAAAGUAAUACAAUAAAUUAUUGUAUUUAUCUUUUUUAAAUUAUGCACUACUCCUGAAUUUUGUUCCAACUCUCAUUAUGUGGCUCAUAUGAAAUUGAGUUUCAAAUACCUAACAUACUUUUUUGUAACUGGUAUCAAUAAGAUAUUUUCACUUGCUAGGGAGUUAAAAAAAAUAGUGGUUAAGUGUUGCAUGUGCAACUGGAAAGUAGAAGUAGCCAAUCUGUGUUUCUUAGAAUAUGUGCCCUUAUGGUGCAUUCAUCUGGAAAUAUAGAUGUGUUAAUAGCAAAUACUUUUUCACAGAUAUAUUUAAAAAUGUUAUGACAAUCAAUAAAAAUAUAUGUGCAGUUUGAAAAUGUAAUAUAUUAAAUAGUCCCAAUAUGUACUAUUAUUUUAUUUUUAUUUUUAGAUUUAAUGUUCAAAUUUCUCUUGAUAUGUAGAGAUCAGAUGUGGUAAUAUGUAUAUGAAGCCAGUCUGGUGUAGUAGACUGAGUGUUGGAGCUAAAUGAUUCUAGGGCUACUUAUUACAAUUCAGCCUACUCAUUUUAAUAGAACUGUAUAUAUUUUGCUUCUACUUUUUUCUUCUUCCUUUGCCAACUGAGAAUACCUCACACAGGUGUCAUUGUUCUUUAAUUAAAAUCAAUCCCAGUGAACAUCCCAAAGACCAUAGGAAUUCAUGGAUUCCCACUUUUAAAACUGUAAACACUGUGGCAACUUGGGGAAGUGGACUAGACAGUCCAAUCCCUCAGUCCUUACCUCUCUCACAGCCAGGACAGAGAGAUCAGCAGCACCUGCUUUCUUGAGCUACACCUGCUUGGAGGAGCUCAUAGUGAUCAAAACUGGAGCAUUCAGAUGAGUGGAGAAGAGAAGGGAGGCCAAAGCACACAAUUCCAUGGCUGUGCCGGCCCCUGACUCCUACCAACACCCCUCUUCUAGAUGGUUAUAAAGGUCCACUAAAAGGGGAAAAGGAGAAUAGAGCAGUUAAAAACACCUUUGCUGCUCCUCCAGCCCUGCCAGCAACAGCCUGCCAGGGCAUAGGGUUCCUGGAAGAUUCCAAGAUCAGUGUCUUCCGUCUAAUGGAAGUCAACCCUAUAUGGUUGAACCCUGAGCCAUCUGUUAGCACAGCUGCUUGGGCACUGUUGGACAGGUGUAGCUAAAAUAGUUCUUAAUAAAAACAGCUACCAGAAAAAGUUUAGGGAAGCAGUUUUGUUGCUGCAGACCCUAUUCUCUUUUCUUAAAUUCUUCCACUAGUAAGUUACUGCUUUAUAUACAUUCUGAAACAUGCACAUGUUGUAUUUUGGUUUUACUCAGUUUACAGUUAAGUUGGAUGAAUGUCAUUUGUUGCAAGGUAUAUGAUUGGAGUUCUUGAGGAGUUAUGGAUGACCUGUGCUUUGCCUAAGAAAGUGUCCAUUUACCCUGACAAUCGUAAUAGCUGACUAAAUUUGCUCCAAGCAGUGUUCCAAUAUAUAUCCUUUGAGGGCCCUUAUGCAAUAUUUUAAAACUUCACUGGCUUCUGAAACCUUCUGCUUAUUAAGUUGAAUCUAUUCCCUACUCUGACGUUAAAAUCACUAGCCAAGACUAAUAAUGUUGCCAAGACUUUCUCUUGUGUCCUAUCCAUAAAAGCUACUAAAGCUAGCCAAAUGGAAUCUUUGUAAAUUGAUGAACUUUCUCUGGGGAAAGAGAUUGAUAUACCCAUACUUUCUCAUGAUAAUAUUUUUAGGAAUGUGGUCUCCAAUGCAAAAUGAUGAUGAUGAUGAUGAUCUGGAGAAAGCCACCACUUUUACUCUGAACAAGUAAAAAGAAGUAGAGCCACGUGUAAACCAAUUAUGCUUCAGUUUGGAUCCCUUAAAGGGGGUCUCCUUCAGUUCUACUUUGUGCCUCUAUGCAGUCUUCCAGAACCAGCUGUGGAAUCUUCCAAAGCUUGCUCUCUUUGGGAAGAUUUUUUUUUUAACCCUGACACUGAGAUAUGGAGGUUCCUCCCACCUAGUUUGCAGCUUCAAAGUCCUCUUUAAUACUACUGUCACAAGCAUUUCUUAUAUCCCUGAUACAUUUAUCUAUUCCAUUUUAAGCAUUGAACACCUUCCUUUGCUACAAUGCCUAUUUUCCAAAACCAGGCAGUGAAAUAACAAUUGAAUGACAAAAUCACCAGGCCCUGAUUGCCGUCACCGUGACUCUUGAAUAAUACGUCACACUCAAUUCUAAUCCAUACAAGAAGAUAUUGGAUUUCUGAGCAGAAAUAGUGUACCUCAGACUCCACUUAAGCAAGCAAACCAUUCACUUAGCAUCAUACAUCGCCUACUUUUAGUUUAAUUGUAGACAGUCGGUUAUCAUAUGAUGAUAACGUAUUUGGUCACUUUCACUUUGCAUUAUUAACCAGGAAUUCAUUAGAGGUUGCAAGGAAUAAAAACCAUCUGUGUAACAAGGAGGUUGUUGUUUGUUUUUUUAAUCUAAGGAAGAGUCCAUGUAAUCAAUAACAUGUUCAUAAUUUGAAGUCUGCAGAAAUGGCUGCAAUUAACUUAGAGACUGCACAGACAGGGGACAAUGUUGGGUAGAAAGCAAAUGUAAAUGACUAAACCAGGUAUGGGCAGCCCAUGGAACGCAUGUGCCCCCUGGUCUUUUUUUGCCAGUGGGGAUGUGGGGGGAGGGGAACUAGUGGUUUGCCACUGAAUGUUGGUGGCAGCAGGCAAAAAAGGACUAUUUUAAAGGAAAACCAGUGUUUUUUUCCUCUCAAAAUUUAGCUUCCCCUUUCUUGAAUUGCUGGUGGGUGACGGCAGGGCAAGUGGGCCUUCUGCUGGGUUCUGUGGAGCAAUGUAAAAUUACAGGAUAGUUUAGCGUCCUCCAACCCCUGAAGGAUGCUGGACAUCCUGCAAUUCAGUAUUGUUAAAAGGAAGAUUUUAUUAUUGUAUCUCAUUAGGCAAAGAAUGGAUAACUCUCUCUCUCUAUUUCUC